AUGGACGUCCGAGCGCAGGAGUACACAAAUGGGACGCGCAUGUCGUGGAACAUCUGGCCGAGCACGAGGCUGGAUGCAACCAGGAUCAUCGUGCCUCUGGGCUGCCUCUACACGCCGCUGAAGGCCAUAGAAAACUUGUCCCUCGUAGAGUACGAGCCGAUCGUUUGCAAGGUGAAGGACUGCGGGGCGAUCCUGAACCCGUACUGCUUCGUCGACUUCCACUCGAAGACCUGGGGGUGCCCAUUCUGCCUGCAGCGUAACCAGUUCCCGCCCCACUACGCGGAGCACAUCACCGAGGCCAACCUCCCGGCGGAGCUGCACCCACAGUGCACCACCAUCGAGUACAUCAUCCCGCAGAGCGUCUGCCAGCCCCCAGUCUUCCUGUUCGUGCUGGACAUCGCGCUGAUCGACGAGGAGCUCGAGCAGGCGAAGGACUCGCUGCAACAGUGCCUGGCGAUCAUGCCGCAGAACGCCCUGGUCGGCUUCAUCACCUUCGGCGCGAUCGUCUACGUCCACGAGCUCGGCACCUCGGCGCUGCCGAAGGCCUACGCGUUCCGCGGGGGCAAGGAGACCUCCGCUCAGCAGGUCGCGGCCCAGCUGGGCUUCCAGGGCCGGGGGGCCGCGCAGCAAGCCGCCGGGCGCUUCCUGAUGCCAGUGGCGGAGUGCGAGUUCACGCUCAACUCGCUGCUCGACGACCUGUCGAGGGACGCCUGGCCUCAGAGCACCGACAAGAGGUCCCUGCGAUGCACGGGGGCCGCGCUCAGCGUCGCGCUGGGCCUGGUGGAGUCGACCUGCCCGCAGAGCAGCGUCCGGGUCACCCUCAUCGUGGGCGGCCCGUGCAACACGGGGCCGGGCUCCGUCUGCGGGGAGGAGCUCGUCGAGACGAUCCGGUCGCACCUGGACCUGCAGAAGGAGACGCCGAACGCGAAGUACACGAAGAGCGCCCUGAAGUACUACGCGUCGCUGGCGAGCCGCGCCAUCGCGGCAGGUUUCGCGGUCGACGUCUUCGCCUGCUCGCUGGAUCAGGUCGGGCUGUACGAGAUGAAGGUUCUGGUCGAGAAGUCUGGCGGAUACAUGGUCAUGAGCGACUCCUUCAGCCUGCACGUGUUCAAGAAUUCGUUCCGAAAGAUGUUCGACUGCGACGAGGCUGGCUAUUUGCACACUGGCUUCAAUGCCAAGAUCGAGGUCUUCACCUCGCGCGAGUUCAAGUGCUGCGGGGCCGUGGGCGGCCUCGCCUCCAUGGGGAAAAGAGGGCCCAGGGUUGCGGACACCGAGAUCGGAGAGGGCGGGACGUGCCAGUGGGUCGUGGGCUCCCUCGAUAAGAACACGUCGAUCAGCUUUUUCUUCGACGUCACGAGCACGGGCGAAGGCCAGAAGCCGAGCCCAGGGCAGAACCGGCAGUCCUUCCUCCAGUUCCAGACGUGCUACCUGCACCCCUCGGGGCGCAAGCGCCUGAGGGUCACGACGGUGUCCCACCAGAUGACGGAGACCUCGGACUCGAGCAUGAGCGACAUCGCCGCGGGGUUCGACCAGGAGGCCGCGGCGGUGCUCAUGGCGCGGUACGCCGUCUUCAAGUGCGAGAACGAGGACCCCCUGGACGUGCUCAGAUGGGUCGACAGGAUGCUGAUCAGGCUGGUGUCGAAGUUCGCCGACUACCGUAAGGACGAGCCGGGCUCGUUCCAGAUGAGCCCAGAGUUCGCCGUCUUCCCGCAGUUCAUGUACCACCUCCGCCGCGGUAGCUUCCUGCAGACCUUCAACGCGAGCCCCGACGAGACGGCGUAUCCAGCUGUCUGCGGCACUGUGGCGGACUACCGGACUAUAAUCAACCGCGAGAAUUGCGUGAACUCCCUCGUCAUGAUACAGCCCGCGCUGCUGCAGUACUCCUUCGACGAAGGACCGCCGCAGCCGGUGCUGCUGGACGCGGGCUCCCUGAAGCCGAACGUCAUUCUGCUGCUGGACGCGUUCUUCCAGGUCGUGAUCUGGCGCGGGGAGAUGAUCCAGGCGUGGUAUGACCAGGGCUACCAGGACAAGGAGGAGUACGCCAACUUCAAGGCGCUGCUCGUUGCGCCCGCGGAGGACGCCAAGCAGAUCCUGAAUGAGCGAUUCCCGGCGCCCAGGUUCGUCCAAACGAACGCGGGUGGUUCGCAGGCGCGCUUCCUGACGUCAAGGGUGAACCCCUCGACGACUCACAACAGCAACAACGCUGGCGGCUUCGGCCAGGCCGACAACUCGUCCCACGUGGUGACGGACGACGUCUCGCUCAAGGCGCAGAGG